UGUUGCGCCUCCCGAAUCUUGCCCUCCUCAACCCUUGCAGACUAUAACACCCUUCGCCGCUUUUGCUCAGGCGAACACUCGCGAAACAAUCAGGGAAGUGACUGAAAUAGGUUUAGACUCGAUGGGCAGUGUCCUGAGCCCAGAAGAUGAUAAUUGGCAACUUUUCGCGAGGGAAGUGCUUGUACCAUGGCUGGGCCCAAAACUGGGACCGCCGAGGAGCACAUAAGUACUUGCCCUCCCACCUUGAGAAUCUACUCGUAGGGCCUAGUUUAUGGCCAUCUCUACUAUCGGCUUCUUGAUAUUUUCAAGAUUUUACUCUAUCAUUUCCGUCUAUCUUGAGCAGAUCGCCGCAUUAGCUCUCAGCUCUCUAGUUAGCUAGAUCCACUGACAUCAACACGUCACCUAUCGCAUUGGGGAAAUUUCAAAUCGAUUUUCUAUUUUUCUCACGCCGCCAAAGACAGCUACCGAAGAUGGUCAGGAAAAGGACAGCAGAUGAGAGGAGAAGAUGCGCAGAAGAGAACGGAUUCAAUGACGACGACACGGAUGUUGAUGACGAACCUGUCCCACGUGAGGUCUUGGACUACACCAAAGAGAGAUACAGAGACCAGAUGGACCUUUGGAUCGAGUACAAAACAACACACCCCGAAGCUACACCUCAUCAAUUGAAAACCCUGAAGCAUUUUGCCAAGUUUAUAGCAAAGUCCGCCAAAGGUGUUCUGGACCCGGAGGGAAAGCCGACCGUUCAAACCGUUCGGAAUUACUUCCGGUGUUUUGUCUCUGGUUGGAAUCUAGACAAUCCAACGUGUUUGAUCUCGAGAGACUUCACAGACUCCAUCACCAAU